UCAUAGCCGUUUUGACUUUUUCAAGGAGUAGUUGUUCAAAUUUCAACAGUUUGCUCAAUUACAUGAUUUGUUUCUGUACCCAUUCUUAAGGAACACAAUAUGAUGUGUGAUAUUGUGAGGUCAACUGGGCCUGUCACCAAGGUCCUUUAACAAUGUUGCACAUGUGUAGCGGCCGAUUUCAUUUCCUUCUACUCAGUCUGGGACUCCUCCAGGUGCAACUCAUACAUGGUGCUCUUGGAAUAACGGUGAAAAAUAGCCUUAGUAAUUCACAUCCACGCCUCGGCGAAACGAUAACGCUGAAUUGUACCAUUGCGGAUGGAAUCACCAAAAAUGUUACAUGGUACAAGGACAAAUUUCACAAAACAAGUGUUUAUUUGACGCAUAAUUGUGAAGUUGUCGCAGAAGGGUAUAAAUCGAGAUUAAAACUCGUUCAGUGUGGAAUAAAUAUUGAGCGUUUUCAAUUGAGUAAUGUUCAAAUUUCCGACCGCGGGGAUUGGCAGUGUGAGGCUGAUGGAGUAAGAGCCACAACUAAUCUGAAAUUAUAUGUUUUAGUUCCACACAACGUUCAAGUAAAAGUCAGCAAGACGACUGUUAAUGAACAUGAAUUUGUGCGCUUUGAGUGCAUCACCAGCAACCCAGAGCUCGUUACGAGGUACAUGUGGCUGUGGACAAAAAAUGGCUCAAUCGCAAAACAAGUCAUCCAGGACUCCGACACUAGCACGAAGAAUGGAAAGUUCGUGGAGUUCCCGCGUAUCCCGUACGAUAAGAGUGGGACAUACUCUUGUAUGGCUUGGAAUGAUGCUGGAAUGGGACAGGCGUCGGCAGUCCUUAAUGUACAAUACUCUCCAAGGAUAGACCCAGGAACCAAAAUGAAAUUUGAUGUGGUUGGCGAAAUUGGGAAGGAGGCAAUGUUUAAACUGUUCAUCAUCGCAAACCCAACUCCAGUCACAACUGGUUACACCUGGUCCAAGGAUGGCAAUGUCUUAUCGCAAACAUCACCAGAUUUUGAAAUAACUUCUGCGCCAACUUCCAGCAAGUUGAAAAUCAAUGAUGUCAAAUCCUCGGAUUAUACCAACUAUUCCUGUUCGGUUAAAACGAGUGGAUUCCAGGGCAAGGUUUUCAACUUCAAGCUUGUCAAAGCAGUGUCCUACACAAGUGACUUAAGUAAUAGUGUGCUAGUAAAGACCACAGUGUCCUACACAAGUGACUUAAGUAAUAGUGUACCAGUGAACACCACAGUGUCCUACACAAGUGACUUAAGUAAUUGUGUACCAGUGAACACCACAGUUGCUGUAUAUUUUGUUUUCGGCUUUAUUUGCGCCGUCAUAUUCCUUUGGGCAUGUUUGGCACUUGCUCAAUGGAAACGUCGACUGAACCUGAAACGGUCUAAGAAAAUUACUGGACCUGCAAAUGACAGCAAUGACGAUGCUGCAAGAAAUGAAGUGAUAUCAAUCAGGAAACGCCCUGAUCAUGCCAACAAUUUCGUUAAUGACGCAUCCUCCCACUCAAAACGCACAACCGAUAAAUAUCCCGCACAGCCAAUGGUAAGGCCCCCCGUUUCAGUUCGUUUUGAGAAGGAUCAAGAAGAGCCCGCGUGCUCAGGCGAUAUCUUGGACGUAUAUUCAUAUGACUACGUAGUCAAUGAGUGGCAGAGUAAUGAAUCUGGCUCUGAUCACAGCCCUGUUCCUGCUUGCCGGACAAGUCAGGCGACGUAUCAGAUAGACCGGGACGAUCCUCCCUCACAUGAAGGCAUGCAUGGCUUAGGACAUUGUGUCUCAUGCGAGGGGAAAACGAAUCAGACGGCACAGGAGCCUGAAGGUAAUUACAACGACGUAAGAAAUGUGCGACAGGGACAGUCUGGUCAAAACACGGCUGAGAGAGGUACAAGCCCUGCUUGUUUAGCAAAGGAAUCGACACCCUAUGGCUCGUAUGAAGAUGUUGCUUAUCCCGAUCAACAGUCAUAUGAGCAUCUACAACCAGUGUCCAAAAAUGAUUAUUUAGACUUCAGGGGGCUUAGUGCGAAUAAUUGAGACCACGAGUUUUAUUUAAGGUAAAACAUUCCUCCCCUGACUCUUUUUAGUGUAAUAAAACCGUAAGAAUAACCCCUCGAUUCAUGAGGUAAAGUACGUGGCAAGCUAAAAGCGGGAACACAUUUUUAUGCUGUUUUAUUAGAAUAUGCCAUCGUAAAAGAGUGAAAUUUGGCACGGAUGUUGGUCACAUGUUGUCUUGAUGCAACGUUUUGUACUUUUUCGAAAAUUGACUUCAGCGGAGCAGUUAUGAGGAGUUAUGAGGAGUUUUAAUCGGACACUAUCAAUUCUCCUUACUCCCUGUGGGGUGACUAACAUUAGUCCAUCAUAGACUCGAUCUGCUACGCUGUACAUCCAGCCUAUGUGCGACCUCGAAAAAAACAAAAAACAAGUCAAAAGCACAGCUAUCGUCGCCGUAGCACUGUGGCACAGACAUGUUUUGAUUUAGGGUUAUCACGGCGCCAUCUACAAGGUCCUACAUGUCAAUGGUAUAUCCAAUCCCCGAUAGCCGGUCACGUGAGGCAGUAAAUGAUGCGACUUAUAGACUUUUAUAUGUUGUUCUCCUCGAACUGAUUAAGUAUGUUUUCAAUUUCAUCAUGGAAUUGUCAAGGUCCGAGUGUGGGGCGAUGGAAGCUCUCGAAUGAUAAUUUCUUGAGAUGCAUUACCAGCCAUGAUGUAAUUAGGCUUUGGGAUUCCUGGACCAGCAGAGAUGACAAAAUGUGUUUUCCUGGUGGCCAUGUCGUGAAUCAGAAUAGACCUCUUUGAAAGAAUGCAAAACGUCAAUCUGGUGGUGUUUUGUGUAUUGUGAAAAAUAACAUCAAAAAGGGAGUUUCCUUUGUUGAUACCAAGAUUGACAAUAUUGUAUGGAUGAGGUUUCAAUCUACGUUCUUUAGUUUCAAGAAGCACAUUUAUUUUGGAAUUGUAUCAGUCCUCCUGAAUGUUCACCGUAUGUAGGUGAUACAUGGGACAUUCUGGAAAAUGAAAUAAAUUUACGUAGUAGAGAUGGAGCCAUUGCUCUGCCCGGCGACUUUAACAGCCGAAUUGGUAUAUUCUAGGAUAUUCUAUUGCCCAUACUCCAAUCGAUUCAGACCUGUAUAUUUAUUAUUCUGAUACAAUUUCCUGUCGAUUAACAGAGGACAGUGUUGUAAAUAGCCAUGGUAGACAAUUAGUAGACUUGUGUAAUAGUUCAAAACGUAGACUUAUGAAUGGGCGUAAUAGUGGUGAUUACUUUGGUAGUGCCACCUACAGGAAAGUUUGUAAAGUUAUGUUUUUUUAUAGCGUUAUUGAUUAUGCUGUAGUUUCUGAGGAGCUUCUGUCCGGUUAUUCCAAUUUUUGUGUCCUAUAUCAUUUAGCAAUGAUGCAUCUCUUCCUCGAGAAAAUAGGAUGAAUGACAGUAAUUCUCCUCAUGACAUUUUCCAAAAAAUUGAUAUCUGAUCCAAGUAAUGUUGAUAAACACACAGAUACUCUUUAUCUUUCAAUGAUAGAAAAUAAAUUAGAAGUCUUGAAGUUGUCAUCGCUUGAUACUAAGAGUGAAAUAUCCAAUGCAUUAGAUGUUAUCAAUGAUGUGUAUUUAAGUGCAUCGAAAAUUUAUAUGAAAUUAAGUAAACCUAGAAAAAACAAAAAUGUGGCUGUCAAGCCUUGGUACACUCAUGAUUGCAAAAUAUUGCAACACCGGUGAAGAGUCUUUGCCGACCCUAAAAACUAUUGUUGGUAUGUCAGUUGAGACAGACAUGUAACAAAUAUAGAAAGUGUUUACGUAAAAGUAAGCAGGAGAAUAUGGAGGCCCUUAUAAACAAAUUUUGCAGUGUGGAGAAAUAUAAUCCAAAAGUAUUUUGGGAACACAUGAAGAAAAUUAAUGGUGCUAAUAGCCAUCAGACUAAUGACUUUGAUGUUGAUAUCAAUGCUUUUACUGACCAAUUCAGGUCACUAUCUCUUCCCCAUAAAAACAGCGUGCCAACAUGUAACCCUUGUGAAAAUGGGAAUGACAGUAAGGACCAAGAAGAAACGGUAAACGCAGAAGUUCUUCAACAAAUGUUUGAGAAAUGUUCCGCCUCAUUAGAUUAUCCAUAAGGGAGGUCGAAGGUGUCAUUUUUGAAUUAAAGAAUAAGACAGCAGUUGCUUUUUGACAACAUUUCGAAUGAAAUGAUAAAGUACAUGUCGAGUUUUAUGCUGCCUGUUCAGACCAGGUUGUUUAAUGCUCUGUUGAAAUUAGGUCAUGUUCCAGAUGUCUGGAAAAAAUUGGUAUAUCACACCUCUUUUUAAAAAUAAAGAAGACAAGGAUGAUCCUAAUAAUUACAAAGGAAUAACAAUCACCAGCUGUUUAGGCAAAGUUGUUUUUUCAGUGUUGAAUAAUAGGUUAAUUACUUAUCUGACAGAUAAUGAUGAGAUUAGCAAUUGUCAAAAUGGCUUUAAGAAAAAUGGAAUAUUUUCAUUAUUAGAGCGAUGGUUAACCAGUAUCUUAAUCAAAAUAAGAAAGUAUACUGCUGUGUGUUGAUUUAAAAAAAGCCUUGGAUAGUGUUUGGCAUGAUGGCCUAUUUUAAUAGUUACUUCAAGCAGAAGUGGGAGGAAAUUUUUUCAAUUAUAUUCAGAAAAUGUAUGAAAAUUUGACACAUGAUGACAUCGAGUCAAAGGGUUUUUCGGAAGGGUACACCAUAGGUUGAUGUUGUGAGCCCUGCUUUGUUCAAUCUUUUUGUAAAUUGUAUUGUUCCACUCCUUGAUAACAGUAAUCCCUCUCCUGCAGAUUUAGACGGGCUGAAAUUAGUUGCUCUUCUACAUGUAUAUGCCGAUGACUAGGUGAUUUCUCUCAAUUAGAGCUAUAAACCUGCCUAGAUAAAUUAGACAGUUGAUGUAGGACUUGGAAGUUGCAGAUUAAUACAUCUUAAUCCAAAAUACUUAUCUUUACAAAAGACUAUCUAAGGUAAGGAAAUAAAAAUUCCUUAUUGGUAAAUAAGAGUUAGAAGUUGUAUCUCACUACAUGUAUCUAGGGACAUCAAUUAAUUAUACUGGCAGCGUAAAGCCGGGAAUAGAGACACUUUCAUAUAAGACACGAAGGGCUAUGUUUGUUUAAUGAAAACUAUUAAUAGUAACAAUCUUGCUCUGGAUAUUGUUUUAAAACGAUUUAUUACAUUCAUUUUUCGCAUUUCGACGUAUAAAUGUGAAAUUUAGGGUUUUCAUUACAUACACAUCUUUGCGCAUAAAAACCCAAAGUAUUUUUUCAGUAUACUGGAAAAUCUCCCAUUCGAAAAAACGUUGACAACAUUUUGUAAAUGAGUGUCAACAGGUACACCACUAAUAAGGGUACAUUGCAGAACUAGGUGUUUAUUCUAUAUUAAUGUACAUAAUUAAGCAUAGUUACGAGUAUUUAAUCCUAUUGAAGAAAUGUAAUCACUCUGUUUUCAUGAAAGCGUUAGCUGUUGAUGAAACUUUGAAAGUACAACAAAACCUAUGUGCAUCUGUCAAACUUGUACAUAACAAUUUAGAAUAAGCUAAUGAUUUGGUUUCAGACGGGGUGUUAAAAGUAAAUACGAACUUUCUUUUUCAAAUCAUUAUUUGAUAAUAUACGUGUCAAUGUUAAACAAAAAAACAACAACUUAAGAAUGUAUAGAAAUGUAAAAAAAACUCAUAGUAUUGAAAAAUAUUUGUGUAUCAUACAAAGUAAAAGCUUUAUAUCAUAUUUUGCUAAACUCAGAUUGAGUAAUCAUCAUCUGAUGAUAGAAAAAGGGCCCACCUUUUGCUAUCAGCUAUAUGCUAUAUGCGACUUGAACUAGACGAAGACUAUGUCCAUGUAACUGUAAAGUAGUUAAGAACGAACAUCAUUUCCUUUUUAUCUGUCCCGAAUUUAAAGCAUUGUGGAAUGCUUUUCUAAAACAUGUGUGCUCUUCCGGUACGGGAGUUCAACAUUGUACAUCUGUUGAUGUUUUUUUUAUAAAAUACUUGGAAGUAAUGAUAACGCAGUUUUGAUUCAUGUUCUUAACUCGGUGAACAAUAUGUUUAAUUUGAGAAAGGAGAAGAUCCUAUCACAGUAGUUUUCAUUAAACAUUUUGUAAUUUAUUUCACUUCCCCCUGUUUGUAAAUGAUAUGUUGUCCUUUAUCUUACCACAUAUGUGUUACUCUGUAAUAUGUUUGGCUUUAAUAAAAUUUCAA